AUGUCCGUUGCUGAUAUCCUGGCGCCCUUCAUUGUCGGCAUUCUGCAUAUGCGUGGCGUCAACGGCAAAAACGGAUGGAGAUGGCUCUUCCUCAUCGAGGGCAUCUUCACAGGUGUUCUAGACGUUGUCGCAUUCUUCUUGAUGCCACCGACACAGACAGCAUCCAAGUUGCUUGGCAAAAAAGGUUGGUUCACAGCAGGAGAAGAAACCAUAAUUGUCAUCCGAGCUCUACGCGAUGACCCUUCCAAAGAUCCUCCACACAACUACCUCGCCCCAUCCCUUCGCAGCCUCGGCUUUGACAUGUUCCAAACCAUCCUUGUCAUCCCUUCCCAAGUCGGUCACAUCAUCACCAUGCUCGGAAUUACCCUUCUCUUGGAUUACAUCGGAAAGCUUUCUCUCACAGGUGUGAUUGGGCAGAUAUGGGCACUGCCAUUCCUCAUCAGCCUCUACAUCAUCGACAGCACCACAGCGAGUAAGUGGACUAUAUGGGCAAUCACGAAUCUCCUCCUUUCCUAUCCCAAUAUGCAUGCUGUCCAGGGCGGCUGGAUCUCGCGGAAUUCCAAUACCGUUAGAUCGAGAACGGUCAGUGCCGCGAUGUAUAAUAUGUUUGUCCAAGCGCAAGGCAUUAUAGGCACAAAUAUGUAUUGA